CAACACCGCAACGGUCGGAUACUGAAUGGCUCAAGUUUGGAAACACUUCAUCCCGUCCCAUCCCCAAUCUCUCUCCAUCUCCGGCUCUCCGCCUUCCACAGAUCCCCAGAUCGCCACAUCAAAUCGAAUCCACCCACUGCGCCACCCCUUCACCAUGGAGUCUCCCAAGCGAGAGCGAGUUUUUCCCCAAGGUUCCCCGCGAAGGAGCCCCAAGGCGAUGAGGCCUGGAGCAGCAAGGGGGGCCGACGAGAACACAAGCCCUAAGCAUCUCGUGGCGGUGGGGGCCGCGUCCUCGCAGAGGAAGAAGGUGCUCGGGGAGAGGAACGACGGCGGCGUCGGGGUCAUGAAGGGCGCCACAGCGCCGCCAGUGCAGCAGCCAAAGCCCGCGCCGAGCCCCCCGACGCUCGCGGGCCACGGCGCGGGGCCGUACGACCCGAAGACGAACUACACCAUGCAGCGGCCGACGUUCCGGUGCUACGACCCCGAACGGCGCCGCGAGAUCCUCCUCCGGGUGUCACGCGCGGCAGACGUGAUGCACGACGACUGCUCCAGCACGACCUCGGGUACUGCGGCCUCGGAGGAGGACGGUGAUUCCUUGGCCUCGGACGCGGCGGCAGCGUCGCCUAUCUCGUCGGCGCCAAGGAGCGACUCCGAGGCCGAGCUUGACGACGGCGAGGAGGAGGAGGAGGAGGAGGAGGUAGUCCCAGCGCGUCGAGGCGGGUGGGCUCGGCGGCUGUUUCUGUUACUCGUCGCUGUGUCCUGCACCUUAUGCUACAUUUACUGUAUGAAUCCCGCUGCUUUCCCUACUUAUUCAGAAGAUGCACUCGGUUUCGUUGGAGGGAUUGGGGGCUUGUACGAUGCUGGUGAUCAUGAACGAGAAUCACUGGGAUUAUUAGGGCCAGUUUAUAUGAUGGGUCCAGAGGAUGUGCCAAAAGGAAGUACAAAUCAAAUUGUUCACGAAGACACUAAACGUGUGGAUCAUCUGGUGUCAGUUACUGCGAUGGGGCUAGCUGAUAUCUGCCUGAAUGUUUCCUUAGGAGAAUUGACAUGCCAAGUUGGGAGUGAAAGAAGUGAGAAUGUGUCAGAUUUGAAGGAAUAUUCUGAAAUGGACAUACUCGAUACAGAAGGGGCAAUCUCCUUUCAGAAUGAUAAUCAAAGCAGUGAAGUUGAUUGGUCGGGUGGAAACGUCCCACUGGAUUCCAUUAGUUCCACUACAACUCAAACUAAUGAGGAGGAGGGCAGCUCAGAAUCAGUUCAUCUAGAGGAAUGGGAGGAUUGCUCAAAUCAGUGUGUACUGCAGUUAGUCUCUAUGGAGAAGGCAAUAAAAUCAGCAAGUGACAAGAUGGAAGAUAAAAAGGUGGAAAGUGAGGAGUUGGAUCUCUGGCAGUAUGAGAAUACAGCAGAAGCUGCUAAAACAAUAUGCUCUGGUGUAAAAUUUCUGUGGUCUGCAAUGGAACCUCAUUUGCUGCAGAUAUUGGCAUGCUUGUCUUUUGCAUGUUUGGUGGCUGCAUUGUAUAGGUACUAUCAAAGAUCGAGAGAGUGUUGCAACUGCAUCAUAACCUAUGACUCACUUGCCGAACAGCCAUUGUUAGAUCAACAUCAAGUUGUGCUGUUGCCAGUGACUUCUUCAGUUCAAGAUGCAGAUCUACCUGUACACUCUUCAGAGCAACCUAUGCAAUUGACAAUUCCUAACCAAGGCCUGGCUGGUAGUUUGGAGGUUCCUAUGGAGUUGACAUUGCCCAUGCUGGACCCAUUGGUCAGUCUUGAGGAUCCUGUGCAAGAGUCAUUGCCUAAGACAGACCCACUUGUCACUCACAAUGUUCCUGUGAUUGGUCAUGGGAUCCAUGAUCAGAAACUGAAACAAGGUGAUCCCGAGAAGGUGAAGGCUUCCAAUGGUAGCUUUCUGAAGCAUAGCGAUGUUGACAGCUCCAAGGCACCAGUGGUUGAACUACUUGGAGAGUUCAUGUUUGCAAAUAGCUCAAGAGGAAGAUCUAUCAAGAGAUUGAAUCAGAAUGCUGGAGAUGCUACAGUUCAGGAAUUGUUGGAACAUUUGGGAAAGGAUGAGGAUGUCGAAAAGAUGCAGGUGCAUUCAAGCAUCAUUCAAAGCCCUAGUGUUCAAGGAGCAAAAAAAGAGCAGGAGAAAUCUGUAAGACUGGAGAAGACCGAUGCGACGCCAACUCCACUGACACCGACUCCAUUGAGACGCUCAAGCCGCCUCCGCAGCAAGGUGACUUCCCCUUGAGCAAGGACGACGAUGCAUGCUAACCUUGAUGCUGGGUUCCUUUGUGGUGUGGCGGAAAGCUGUGGACGGGACAGCACCUAGUUGUUACCCAAGCUUUGAUGUUGUGCUUUAGGAGCAGAAGAACAAUAUUUUACCAGAAAAUGCUGCGUAUUUGUCCCCUUUUAAUCCUCACGUGCAUGUAUUUCUCGUACCGAUGGCUACACUUAACGGUAGAUCCGGCUUUCCGGCUAGAGACGUCUGUAAUGAACAAAUCUGUGGCAUCUUAGUUUAUUCAAGUUCUACAUUGGUGGCGUAUAUUGUUCUUUCUGUAAUUUUAGUAAUUGGUUUGUUUUACGUGCCAUGCAUUGCUGUAUCUAGUUUUCGUGCAAGAAUUGAUGCCAGGCUGUCAUUCUUGAA